AUGUCUGCAAGCAUUGCUGCCCGUACCAUUCGCGCUUCCACGCGCGUGGCUCCGUCUGUCACCGCGCGCUUCAAUUCGACGAGGCCGUAUAGCUCGAACCACAACAACGACCCUGAGGUUCUCGAGCGCGAGAAGCACCGCAACCUCUCCAAGGCGGCGUACCAGACAAGCGCACCCAUGGAUGGCUCUGCGCCCGGCUGGAAUGAGCACCUCGCCAGUGAUGCCGAGGCCAACGUCAAAGCCGACCGCCAUGGGCACAGCAGCCCUCAGGAUCUUGUGAACGAGACUGUCAAGCAUCUCAAUGAGAAGCACUCGCCGGAUGAGCGCUGGGGUGCGACGGAGAGCUCGACGUAUGAGCGCGAAGAGGUGGCUGGCCCGCUCGGCGAAGCCGCCAAGAAGGUACACAAGGUCGUGAAGGAGACUGUUACUGAACUGAAGAAGUAA